AUGCCUUAAAAUACUUCUGUAACUACACCAUCAAAUAACCAACCUAAAUAAAGUAUUGCAGUAGUUUCAAUUAAGAAAAGGAAUUCAGGAGUUAUGACAGAUCCAGAAGUAAUAAACGUUCUUAAAGAAAUGAAAAUAGAAAAGAAUGAAAUAGAAAUUUUAAGAGUUUAAUUUCUGAAAUUUGAUGAUAAAAAUAUAGGGGCAAUUUAAUAUUAUGAGAUAGAUGACAUAUUUUCAAACUUCGACUUUAAAUUUAAUUCUAAAGAAAUCAAAAAGAGAGUUGGAGCAGAGUGUGAUAAAAAUAAAUGGAAAAGAGUCACUUUUCCUCAGCUUUGCUAAAUCUUUCUAACAAUCUAAAAACAAGAAAAAGAUGAGCAAGAAUAAGAAGAUUUAGAAUACAUUGACGCAUUUGUUGCUAUGGGUGGAAACCCAGAUAAAACAGGAGUUAUUAAAAAGGAAAAGUUAAUCGAUGUGAUCAAAAACGAGUUCGAAUUGACUAUUGAUAUAGAAGAACUGAUUGAAAAGAGUUUGGCAAACUGCGAAGAUCUAAACUUUUAAGACUUUUGUUAAAUGUUUGAAUCGGGUGGUGAAGAAAUAAAAUCAAAGGUUUCUCUAAUAUCAGAAGUAUCAGAGAGAAGAUAAACAACUACUAAUCUUAGCCAAUCUAACUUCAAUGUAAGAUACAAAGAUUUUGUAAAAUGGGACUAGAAGAUGGAAGAUAGAUUUUGA